AAUACAUGUUCGCUCGUUAAUUUAACGCUGCACGAGCUGCGAGAAAUGCAUAAGAUUAAAAAUAAAUAGCGGCUCGUCGCGCCGAAUAAAGUCUGCUAGAGCUAGAACAUCAGACAGAGUGGGGCAGAGUUCCAAGUCGUGAUGCCGUUCGAUUGCCGCGCGUGCGCGAGAGAAAAGCGUCUCGUCCAGCAGCUUUGGAUCGUACCAUUCAUCAGUGUAGUGUAAACACGUGCUGUUAUUCGAAGUAGACGCGCAACGGCGGUUCCUCCGCCAGGAAGAUUGACAGGAAAUCGCGAGUACGACGCACUCGUUUCGACUUGAAUAACAGCACGGUAGUAAAACGAGGGAUUCGCGGAUCCGGACGACCCGUCGUGCUCGUACGCUGAAAUCCGUCGCGUUCGUAUGGCAGUUUCCGCGAUUCGGACGCUAAGUUUACCCCUUUAUGAAACUAAUGAAGAUAAUAAAUAAAAUUACACGCCGAGCGUGAGCCGCGGUACAAGUGAAGGAAAUUGCCGAGUUCGACCCAGGGCACUCGACAUCUGCGAAGGCACUUGAAUAGAAUGAGACGAGCAUGAUUAUGUGACAGGAGAGAGAGUUGUCUUUGUUGUAGAAGAGUAUUUCAAUAGUAUCGCGGGUUUUUCAACGAACCCCAACGAGUGAUAAAUGACGACUGAUUUAUUAAGCGUGUUCCGAUAACUUUUCAUUUAUCGCACGUGCGAGGAUACGCAUUUAAGAUAUUUAAAAUAUACGUAUACACAGAAAUAAGAAGUCUUUCUAGAAAUGGAAGCGCCCUUGUUUCCUCGUGCAAUUGCUCAUUAUCCAUACGUUAUUGUACUGGUCAUUUUUAUAUUUUCCUCGAUAUGCCUAAUUAUUCCGCUCACGACCGAAGAGUUUCCGGACUUCUCGGACCCUCAAAUGGGCUUCGAGGCGAGGGGCACCGUUUUGUCACAGAGACUGACAGCGUGGAGCCAUUUAGUGGAGACUACGAAACCAAGGGGAGAGCUUACUGAUAAUCCUUUCGAAUAUCGUCAAUAUCUACACGAUUUAGCUCAACAGGGUGAUUCGGGACCUCGCCGACAAACCUCGAGGAAUAGGUCUCGCAGGAAGGAUUAGUUUUUUGUCGAGCAACCCGUGUCC